CCAGCCCUGUUGAAUAUUAGUUCCUCAGUUAGUGACAACUUUGCAAAUAUCAGUUGGAUUCCAGGAAGCGAACAAACGGAUUCAGAGUUUUAUAUUGCAUAUAUGAACAACCGUAAGCACAUUACUUCUCUGUCCAUUUGUAGUAUUACUUCUCUGUCCAUUUGUAGUAUAUUUUAUAACGAUACACUUUUAAGGUGAUUUUGAAUGUAUUGGUAACAUCUGAGACAUCUCUAUUCAAUACUACCGUUACAUGCUAGAAAUUGUGUUCUGUGUUAUUUCAUCGAAUGCUCUGUAAAUAACCCUUGACCCUUCACCCCUAAUGGGUACUAACCCUCCCUGAUUGUGCACCUAGGUAAAGGUAACUGGAAGAUCUCUGAGGCAGUUAACUCCUUUAAGACUUUCCACGUCAUUGAGGGGCUGGAGCCUGGGACUGUGUACACUAUGCGCCUUAUGACUAACAACUGGGUUGAUAAUUCUAGUAUUUUUGAAGAUGUAAUCAGGACCAGGGUUAAAGGUGAGCAGGGAUGACAUCGGAAAAUAAGUAAAAGCUUAUAGUAAAAGCCCCCCCUUCAAAUCCCUACACACAUAAUCACCAUAACCAAUUGACGUCUUAUUAAGUAUGCAGGUGCACCAAUGUCCUUGAACAUGUCUCAAGGUAUCAUCCAUGGUUCUCUGUGUCAAUAGGACUUUUUUAUAUAUUUUUUGUGACUUGGUGAAAGGAAUUCCAUUUGAACAGCCUCCUCAGUUGAUUAAUUAGACAAAGGGAUUAGCUGUUUAUUAUUAAUACUGCUACAUUUCCAUGUCAACGUCACCUGCUGCCUCUGCAUCCGAUAGACUUUGUCCAUGUAAACAUUCAAUCAAGCGUCCUCAUGAAAGGCUGAGUCGUGUUGCUGUUUAUUCUCCUCUCCUCAGGUCUGGCAAGCAUCCAUGGAGGAAUCUCUACCCAGGGCUGGUUCAUCGGGCUGAUGUGUGUCGUGGCUCUUCUCACACUCAUGGUGUUAAUCGCCUGCUUUGUCAACAGAAAUAAAGGAGGGAAAUAUUCUGGUAGGUGCUCAGAUGCAAACACACACACAUUGCACCUUAUAAAUGCUAACUAAUCACUGCACUAGGCAGUCUUUAAUACCUAAGAGAAAUGAUCACUCUGGACACCUGUCACGCCCUGGCUCUGGGGACUCUUGUAUGUUGAGCCAGGGUGUUAGUUUCUUUGUGUAGUGUCUAUGUUUCGUUUUCUAUGUUCUGUUCUAGGUUAUGUGUUUCUAUGUUGGCCGGGGUGGUUCUCAAUCAGAGGCAAUGAGAAUCAGCUGUUGCUUGUUGUCUCUGAUUGGGAACCAUACUUAGGCAGCCUUUUGUGCACUUCUGAUUGGUGGGAUCUUGUUCCGUGUAGGUUUGUGUAUGACCGAGGACUUCACGUUUCGUUUUGUUGUUUUUGUUGUUUGUAUCGUGUUACUAAGUACACUAUUAAAGAGAUGUACGCAUAUCACGCUGCGCCUUGGUCCACUCAUUAUGACGAUCGUGACAGAAGAUCCCACCCCCCAAAACAGGACCAAGCAGCGUGACUUGGGAGGAGAUCUUGGAUGGGCAGGGGUCCUGGACUUGGGAGGAAAUCCAGGCCGGAAUGGAUCGCCGUCCGUGGGAGGAGACGGUGGAGGCGCGCCAUAGAGAGGAGCAGCGGCGCCAACCGGGCCGACGUCGGACACGCAAGAGGCAACCCCAAUAAUUUUUUUUGGGGGGGCACACGGCAUGGACGACGGGGCUGCUGGAGGCAGCUACUGGGCGAGUUUGUGAAUUAGGAGAGGAGGCCACCGUGUUUGGGGGGCUGGAAGGGAGGUUGGCGGAGCCUAGAGGUAGAGCAGAGCCAACUCCCCGUACUCAGGCUAGGCAGUGUGAGACUGGGCAGGUUCCGAGGUAUGCGGAGCUGCGUACUGUGCCGCGAGUGGUCCGGCACAGUCCGGUACGUCCUGUGCGAGCACCACGCACGUGUCGUGCUAAGUUGGGCAUGCAGCCAGGACGGAGUGUGCCGGCUCAACGCUCGUGGCCUCCAGUACCCCUCCUCGGUCCCGGAUAUCCUGCGCCAGUGUCACGUGCUGUAGUGCCAGUACGAGUACACAGCCCUGUACGUCCUGUGCUGAUGCCUCACACAGAGUGUGUAAAAAUAGGCAUUCAGCCGGGACGGGUUGUGUCAGCUCUUCGCUCCAGACCUCCAGUCCGUCUCCAGAGCCCGGUCCGGCCUGUUCCUGCUCCCCGCACCAAGCCUGUGGUGCGCGUCGCCAGCCCGGUCCGGCCUGUUCCUGCCCCUCGCACCAAGCCUGUGGUGCGCGUCGCCAGCCCGGCCCGGCCUGUUCCUGCCCCUCGCACCAAGCCUGUGGUGCGCAUCGUCAGCCCGGUCCGGCCCGUUCCUGCUCCCCGCACCAAGCCAGUGGUGCGCAUCGUCAGCCCGGUCCGGCCCAUUCCUGCUCCCCGCACCAUGCCUGUGGUGCGCGUCGUCAGUCCGGCACAGCCCGUGCCUGGUCAGGUACCGGUCAGCUGCUCCACACCAGAGCCUAAGCAAUCCGCUCCACCGAUGUCCAGUCCAGCUCCAGCCAGCGGGACCAGACCAGGGGAGCUAUGGGGGGGUUGUUAGAGGGUGGUGGUCACGCCCGGAGCCUGAUCCGCCUCCGAGGUGGAAUGCCCACCCGGCCCCUCCCCUGUUGGGUUUAUGUUGGCGCGGUCGCAGUCCGCGCCUUUGGGGGGGGGGGUACUGUCACGCCCUGGCUCUGGGGACUCUUGUAUGUUGAGCCAGGGUGUUAGUUUCUUUGUGUAGUGUCUAUGUUUCGUUUUCUAUGUUCUGUUCUAGGUUAUGUGUUUCUAUGUUGGCCGGUGUGGUUCUCAAUCAGAGGCAACGAGAAUCAGCUGUUGCUUGUUGUCUCUGAUUGGGAACCAUACUUAGGCAGCCUUUUGUGCACUUGUGAUUGGUGGGAUCUUGUUCCGGGUAGGUUUGUGUAUGACCGAGGACUUCACGUUUCGUUUUGUUGUUUGUAUCGUGUUGCUAAGUACACUAUUAAAGAGAUGUACGCAUAUCACGCUGCGCCUUGGUCCGUUGCUUACGACGAUCGUGACAACACCAUUAUAGACAUACUUAAGCUGAUAUAUUAUUAUUAGUAGAACUAUACAUCACACCACUGCUCACCAUUUCAAUGCUGAUAUUUACAGUAUAAUGAGAACUUGAAUUAAUGGGAGCAUAUGCAUUUAUAUUUAUAACAUUUAAAUAAAACAGCAUAUUUGAAAUAUGCAGAAUUUUAAUAACAAAACAUAGAAUGCACAGAACACACAGAAGAUAUGCAAAUCUUAUGGUCACAUGCCAGCGGUGGGGAUGAAACAUAAGCACCAGCCAGGGUAUCUUAAUACCAGUCCUGUCUGUGAGGGAUAGGGCGUCGUUUACAGUACCUUUCAUCUUUAUAUACUUAUUGAGCGCCAGGUUCAGCUCAGCUAAUCGCCUAUCAUGUCAGAAAGACUGUCUAAAUCACAGGGCUUUGUUCUGUGUUGCAUUCAUUAAACACUACCUCCUGCACUUUCACUGAUAGUUAGCUUUCCCUUUUGAAAUUAGGAUUCAGUUGUUACUCAUAUUGUAAAUGUUGCUGACAUCAAGCACUGACUAUGUUGUUACUCAGGAAUGUGUGAGAACUUGUAAGGCGUUUUAACAGAACAUUACUUUGUCUUUAACAUGGUAUAAAGUUGUUUAUUGAACAUUAUACUGUACUCAAGGUACCCUAAACAAUGAUAUUUCUCUCUGAGCAGUAAAGGAGAAAGAGGAUCUUCACCCAGACCUAGAAUCCCAGGGUAUGCAUGACGACACCUUCUGUGAAUACAGGUAAUCAUACCACCAACCACCAUUGUAUCAAGAAUUCAGACAUCAGCGCAUAUAUUACUUUGUACCCAAUGUUUUGAAUUGUAUCACAUUGUAUAAUUAUAUUUCUGUAUUUCUCCUGAUUUAAAAAGAAAACCCCACAUGCAUGAGCUUAACACGGACCCUCACAGACAUCCCUGUUCAAGACAUGUGAUGGGCUGAGUAACAUGUAUGCUAAACGUGAUGUGAUAAACAGCAACAAAUACUCCCGUUGUUGUUUACACAUCAGUGAUGUUGAUGUGCUAUCACCCUAUAUUGUGCAUUGUGAUUAGGUAGAUGUGUGGUGGUAGAGCUCAGCUCAUUAGCAGUAACAGCCUCAUUGUUCAGAUGUUACUAUUUGUUUCUGAAUGGAACCCAGCAGGAGGCUAAAAACCAAUCUGUGUAAUUGAAUGCAGCUCAUCUCCGGGGCAGUAAUAUCUGUGCUCAAUUCAUUAAUCGUUCACUGGUCCGAUUCAGAACACACUCACAGAGUGCAACUCAGAGUCCCACACUUCACUCCAAUCAGUAGUCUCACACUCAGAACCUAACUUUAAGUUACGAAUCAAAAGUAGCCUAGAUAUUUUUCAUCAUGUGCUCACAGUAAAGUUGAGAAGUAGAGUGGUGUGUAUGGUCCUUAAAAUAUAUGGCCUCCAAUGUCAGACCACGGAAAAGCACAUUUAUUAUAUUUUCACUCCAAAAUCAAAAAAUGCUCAGAUCCCUGAAGCACCUGAUUUCACCAUAAUUUCCCAUGUAGGAGCAUCAUAAUGCCAAUCCAAACCAUUAGUCUAUACAAUGAACCCUUUAUGUGAUCACUCUCUUGUUGAAUAAUUCAAUGAAAACUACAGCCUGAGCAUCUCUCCCCAUACAGACAGGGUUACAAUGCACCUUGUGACUGCAGCAUCUGCAUAAGCCCGACAUCCACAUCAAUACCCGGCUUCUUUUAAUUAUCCCAUUCAUCGUCACAUACAUUGAUAUACUGUACAUGUAGGGUUUAAGUACACUUGACAGGAGGGCCCCUUACUAGUGCACAUAUCUGAUCAUUGUUCAUCCGUCCGUCAGUCAGAGGUAAACAUUGCUGCCAAUCAUCGAAGCUCUUCAUUUAAGCUGCCUGUGUCCCUGUCCUUACCAAUAAAGCCCAUAGAGUUAAACCAUGAGUGAAAUUAGGUGGUUUUGAAAUCCCCUGUCUUUGUGCCAUCAUGUUGUGACACAGUGACAACGAUGAGAAGCCACUGAAGGGCAGCCAGCACUCUCUGAGCGGGCAGAUCAAAGCAGAGGACAGUGGGGACAGCCUGGUGGACUAUGGGGAUGAGGACACACAGUUCAACGAAGAUGGCUCCUUUAUCGGCGAGUACGCAGGUCGCAAGGAAAAGAGGGUGUCCAUGGAAGUCAAAGGAACCAACAAUCAGAGCACAGCG